AUGAUAAACCCUCGCAACUUUAUCUCAAACCAUGCAAGACAUUCCUCCAAACUCGACGACCUCCUCGACGAGGAUCCAUUCUCGAGCUUCGCAGAAUUCCCGUCUCCGCCUCCUCGCGACGAUGGACCACUGCGCCGCCAACUAAGCAAAGCCAUCAGACAGUCACUCCAGAUCAGCAACUCACCGAGGACACCUGCAAUGACAUAUAGCGAGAGUGAGGUGGGCGAGUGUGAGAGUGAGAGCGAGGAGAGCGAUAAUCAGGUUAUACACUCGCGCACAUGCAGUCCUACAGACUCAGAAUUCAGUAUGGAUACUAGCAGCAGCAGUAGCUCAUACUCAUAUUCGCUCAACGACCACCGCGAUUAUCGCCCUAUGACACCACCUCGCAUCUCUAGUCUUGAUUUCAACGCAAACACCAAGACAUCGAAACCUCAGAAGCAACUGCUCAGCCCACUGAAUAUAACGUCGGAUACUCGCAGGCCGAUGAGGUACUCGGCUAUCACCAGCGCAGCAAACACACUAAAGAGAACACCGCUAUUCGACUGGCACGUUAGCAUAGGUGGUCAGAUGGUUCCAUUUGCAGGCUGGGCGAUGCCAUUGCAGUACAAGGGUGUUGGACAAGUCGAUGCGCACCACCACACGCGUAACCACGCUGGUCUGUUCGAUGUAUCCCACAUGCAGCAGAUAGUUAUCAAACAAUCACCACACACGCACUCUUCUUUCAUCCACUCUAUCCUCCCUAUCGCCCACACGCAGCCACUGCACACUUCCGCCUACAGCCUCAUCCUCACUGACACUGGCGCGAUAAUCGACGACUGCAUACUCACUAAAUGGCGCGACGACGAGUAUUACCUGGUUACCAACGCCUCCCGCGCCCACUGUGUGCGUGAGUGGCUCGAGGGGCACAAAAUGGCGUACGAGAAGCGUGAAAGCACCUCGAGCAACUCGAGUAACUCUGUCGUCCUCAAAUACCUCGAGUCUCACUCGCAGGCUCUGCUCGCACUGCAGGGUCCCAGCGCCGCUGCCGUACUCGAGAACCACUCCGAUGUCUCACUCAAGGAUCUCCAUUUCGGCAGGGUGAAGCAACAUCUCAGACUCAGCGGCGGUGCUGUUGUACAUCUCGCUCGCAGCGGAUACACGGGCGAGGAUGGUUUUGAGGUGUCGGUCGAGCAGAGAGAUGCGGUGCAGGUGGCAGAUAUGCUUGCUGACACGGCCCCUACUAUGCCCAUAGGAUUGGGCGCACGUGAUAGUUUGCGUCUCGAGGCCGGUAUGUGUCUCUAUGGUAAUGAUCUGUGGGAGGGUGAAAGUGAGGGUGCUACCACUCCUACCACUCCUGCUGCCCCUCAUCCUCUCUCCGUCGGCGAGGCGGGCUUGGCGUGGACAAUUGCUAAAGACAGACGAACACGCGAGCAGGAAACACUCUUCCCAGGCUGGGAUAAAGUCGUACCAUCGCUCAAAGUGGCUAAUAUGCAAAUACGCCGCGUCGGUCUGGUGAUUGAAAAGGGCGCGGCUGCUCGUAGCAACUCGAUCAUUGAAGAUGCUCAUUCAGGUGCGUCCGUCGGCUGGGUGACUUCGGGCGCUCCUUCGCCAACUCUCAACCAGAAUAUCGCCAUGGGAUACGUAUCCAAGGAGCUCUCCGCAGUGGGCACACCACUCGUCGUCAACGUCAGAGGCAGACAGCGCCGAGCGGAGGUGGUAAAAAUGCCUUUCGUGGCUAGUAACUAUUAUCGUGGAAGUGAGUAG